GAUUCGUUGGAUAUAUCAAGUUUAUUUGUUGCUUUUACGGUUUAUGACUGAAGAUAGUCGCAAUAUUAAACGCGGUCUAAUGAGCUUAGGAUUCUUUAUGAUAACAUCGUGUACUUUGGCAAUUAUGUAUUCUGGUAUUAGUGGACUCACUCAGACCUCAGUACAAGAUAUUGGUGGCUCAAUAUUCAUGCUUAGUACAGAAAUGAUAUUUACUUUCUCAUAUGGUGUGACAUACGUUUUUCCUGCCGCUUUACCUAUAAUGCGACGAGAAGUUGGUGAAGGCAUAUAUAGUACAUCAGCCUAUUAUAUGGCAGUGGUGUUAUCAUUCAUACCGAUGGCUUUCUUCAAAAGUUUUCUUUUCUUCUCGGUCGUCUAUGGUGCUGUCUAUUAUGCGCGUGGUUUUUUGCUAUUUUUAAAUAUGGGUUUGAUAUUGAGUCUUGCAGCUAUCGCUGCUACUGGUUAUGGUUUAUUUUUGUCCAGUUUUUUCGAAACUGAUACUAUGGCUUCAGAGUGUGCUGCACCAUUCGAUUUGAUCUUCUUAAUAUUUGGUGGUGCAUAUUAUAAUGUGGACUCUAUACCGAUAAUUAAAUAUUUAUCACUGUUUUUCUACUCUAAUGAAGCCUUAAUGUAUAAGUUUUGGAUAGAUGUUGAUGAAAUUGAUUGUCCGCAAAACUUGGAGCAUCCGUGCGUGAAAAAUGGUUAUGAAGUGCUGCAACGUGGUUCCUACAGAACUGCGGAUUAUACUUUUUGGUUGGAUUGCGUUGGUCUUAUAAGUGUAGCAGUUGUGUUCAAUAUUUUAGCAUUCCUUUUUAUACGAAAGUACGUCAGACGUAGUGGUUACUAUUAAGAGUUUGCUUAG